UUCAAAAAUAAACCAUAUCAUCCAAAGAAAAGAAAAUUCCCCAGCAACAACAUCCCAUAAAAGGUCUAAAAUAUAUUUUGGAUAUUAUUAAUGGUGCAAAUUCGUUGGCCAUUGGCCCCUGGCGUGUGUGUGCGUACAUACCAAAAGAACUGCUGCCGUCGCUGUUGUUGUUGUUGUGUGCGUGUGCAGAGCAGAGCAUAUAAAUUGCCAAAAGUUUUUAUAUAAGAAGCUCCAUGUUCUAUGUUUCUCAACAAUAUAUCCCCCCCGUGUGCUACAUCUAAAUGUGAACGCACAUACUUAAUAUUAGCAAAGAGUUGUCAUUGACCCCCCUGGCAACCGACGCGCUGGCCAGUACAGCAAUAGCAACGGCAAGAGGGCAGCAGCAGCAGCAGUUACCAUACGAGUAAAUAUACAUAUGAGGAGGAGAACACAAUUAAAAAUACACCAAGAGCUCCAUUAACGCUGUCCCCAGCCACCCAGCGCCCAUACACCCCAUCAUACAAAUGGAUAUAUGGAAGUGCGCGUGCUAGAAGGCAAGCCACCUGCUGCUGUUGCUGCUUCGUGGGACGAGUGGUUCAGAGACUGGGACUAGGAUUAGGACUAGCACUACGGAUAUUGGCAUUGCCCCUCCCAUCCAGACAGCUGCUUCAAACUGCGCCGGUGACGACGAGCAGUUAAGGGCAGCAGCAUCUCUGCCCCUGCCCUAGCCCUAGGACCUCUACCCGCCGAGUGGAGCAGCAGCUAGCGGCCAGGAGAAAAACAGCCGCCGACGCCGCCGCCGCAGCGCAAUGAACGCCAGCCUCAUCUAUGAGAUACUCAUGUAUCUGAAUUCAUUCUAUUUUGGCAUGUACGCCGCCUUUGAGGUGGGCGUGGGCGUGCUGAAGGCAAUCAACCUGAACUACGGCGAGAAUGUAUUGUCGCGGGAGGCGUCCAUACUGCUCUCGCUGUGCAUCAUUGAGACCCUACGCAUUGUCUUUGGCCGCAAGAGCAGUCUCAGCGAUCGUGGAUGGCAAGCAACCGCAUCCGUAAUAUUAACACUGCCCAGUCUUGCUAUUGUUAUAUAUUUGUGUUGUUUUCAAACCUAUGUUCUCAAACUCGAAAUGAUUCUGAGUGCCUUAAUGAUCACCCUACAAGGUGCUGAACUAGUCUAUGCCAGCAUAUUCAUUUGUACAAUGUGUCGACCCGUAACAUACACCUAGCAGUUGAUGUACCACGACCAAGCCAUCAUCAGCAGCACCAUCAACAUCAGCACUAGCGCUAGAACUAGCACUGCUAGAGGAAGGGGCGGCAGCCGAGGUAGAGCGACGACGAAGACGAGACGAGACUUUCUCCUGGCACUACUCUAUCAGACACUAGACCACUUUAAGGACUCCUCUACUCUAGCGACUAGCAACUAAUGUAACAGAGAUAUUGCCACCAAUACAACAGAUACGCUGGCGUAUUGCUGUGUGUGCCCUGUGUCCAUAAACCACAAACCGAAUGAUCGACUGGCACGCCGCACUCCG